AUGCGCCUAUCCCGACCAGAUUCUCCGACGCAGCGGGUCGGUGGCGGUGCUGUAUUAGGCACCCGCAUAUCGCAUCGCAAUCCGAUGCUGAGUCUGAACAACAGUUACGACGAACAGGAGCUGCGCGAAUUCGAUGAACGCGUCCGGCGAUUGUUAGAAGAUGUACCUGUCGAAUACGUUACGGAGUUAAAGAUAGACGGUUUAGGCGUUUCGUUAAUCUAUGAGAACGGAGUAUUUACGCGCGGUCUCACACGUGGUGAUGGUGAGUAUGGCGAGGAUAUAACAGACAAUUUGCGAACGAUCCGUUCUGUGCCGUUGCGGCUUGCAGAAACAGAAAUAGCAGUUCCUCUGGUAUUAGAAGCACGCGGUGAAGUCUUCAUCCCGAAGCAUCGGCUCAAUGACAUUAACGUGCAGCGCGAGGCAGAAGGGGAACCGCCUUUCGCGAACCCUCGGAAUGCUGCGGCUGGUUCGCUUCGUUUGCAAAAUGCUUCUAUCACCGCUUCACGUCCGUUAGAUAUUUUUGUAUACACCCUGAAUUAUGCGGAAGGGACGGAAUUCGCGACGCAUACGGAAUCAAUCGAAAAGAUGAAGCGUUGGGGGUUGAAGUGUAAUCCACAUACCACCUGCCAUAAAUCAAUAGAAGACGUUCAAAACUACUACGAACACUGGGUAAAAGAACGUGAUGAACUCUGCUAUGAGACCGACGGUGUCGUUGUAAAAGUCAAUCAACUCUCCCACCAGAAUGAACUUGGUACCACCUCCAAAUACCCGCGCUGGGCAAUUGCAUACAAGUUCAAUGCACAGCAAGCCAUCACAACCGUAAAAGAAAUUGAAGUACAGGUAGGUCGUACAGGUGCGCUGACACCGGUUGCGAUUUUGGAGCCAGUAACGCUUGCAGGCGCGACAAUCACGAACGCGACCCUACACAACGAGCAAGAGAUUCGCUCGAAAGACAUCCGCAUCGGCGAUCGGAUUGUGCUCGAACGCGCUGGGGAUGUUAUCCCUAAAAUUGUUGAGGUGCUAACAGCAGACCGGACUGGUAAUGAAGUUGCUUUUGUAUUCCGAGAUCGGUGCCCGGUGUGUGAUACCCCCCUGUCCAACGCUCAGAGGAAGAGGUUGCUGUUCGGUGCAUGA